CUAACAGUUACAAUUUAGGUUCAAUUGUUCAAACAAUUUAUGAAGUUCACUUAUUAAAACGAGUCAAGUUGUUCAAUUGGGCUCGACUUGACUCGACUCAACUCGACUCCAAUCGGGAGAGAGAGAGUAGAACCAAAAACCUCAAAAGGGUCGACAAACGGAGAGGACACACACGCUUCGCUGAAUCUAACUGCACCAAUCGACGGCGGAGAUGUCCACGUCAGCAAGCGUGACGGAGAGAAGAGGGAUUCCGGCAGCGGCGUUUGUUGAAGAUGUGCAGACCUACCUUUCUCAGUUGAAUCUUGAUGUAAACUCAGCCCUCGCUUUUUUACAAGAAAGACUUCAGCAAUACAGAGUUGUGGAGAUGAAACUUCUUGCCCAGCAGAGGGAUCUUCAGGUGUUCUUUUGGGUUGAGGAUUUGGUGUUCUUUGCUUGUGUAAUUUCCAACUCUGUUUUGACCCAACGGGCGAAAAUUCCUGAUAUCGAGAAGUGCUUAGAUGUUGUUGCAACUUUGCAAGCAAAGAAGGGCACUGGUGAGGCAAUUGUUGCUGAUUUUGAAGUGUCGGAAGGCAUAUAUUCCCGGGCUCGUGUUGAAGAUGCAGAAUCCGUUUGUCUUUGGCUUGGGGCAAAUGUCAUGCUGGAAUAUUCAUGUGAAGAGGCAACUACCCUUCUUCAAAAGAAUCUGGAGAAUGCCAAAGCAAGUUUAGAAGUCCUUGUUGCUGAUUUACAGUUCUUAAGGGACCAAGUAACAAUUACUCAGGUUACUAUUGCUCGAGUUUAUAACUGGGACGUACAUCAACGUAAACAAAGGCAAGCUGCUACAACUUCCCAAUCAUGAGGUUAUCAAUUUUGCUCGAGUAUUCAAUUUUCACAUGUCGUGGCCAUUUGAUAUUUUGUUUUGCCAAGAGAAAUCAAUAUUCAGUAGAUCGAGUUCAGAUUUUCAGGUGUUUUUCUUGCUGAAGAAAGUAUUUGCCUAGACUGCCCUGCUUCAUGCCCUUUAAUUUUUUUCACUAACUUAUCAGAACUUAAUAUUGAACUCGAUCUUUUUUUUGCUGUAACGUUGUAAUUCGUACUUUUUCUUGUAAUCUUUGUUUGAUCGAUGUUCGUGUCAGUCUGCUUUGAGCUUGCCCAGUUGUUCUAAAUUCUUAUUUUGGAGUGGUAAUACACAUAAUAUAAUGCUGUGCACUUGCAGACAGUUUAUUUAGUUCAAGUAAAUUCUCACUUUUGGUUAAUAUUGCAAAG